AUGUCUGCAGCAAUGGCCGCCCAUUUGUCCGUGGUGACUGCCCAGUCACCAUCGCUCUCGGCCGCCCGUCAGAGCGUCAUCCAUCUCUACCGCGACUUCCAGCGCGGUGUCCCAGAGAUUAUGCGCACGCAUCAGGUCGACAUGCCCAUGUCGAUGAUCCGCACCAAGAUCCGUGAGGAGUUUGAGCGCCACCGCGAUGUCAAGGACUUGGCUGUCAUCGAUAUCUUGUUGUUCAAGGGCCGUCAGGAGUACCAGGAGACCAUGAACGCCUGGAAGCAGGAGACCCACCUCAUGCGCUACUUUAUCAAGGACGAUGCUCCCCCCAAGCCCCAGGGUUUCUUGGAGAAGUUCUUGGCCGGCAGAGACUAA